AAAUGGUUUCUUGUGACACAACCAUCGGGCCACUGCUUCAUCGCCACACGGUGCUUAACAUCAGCCAGCACGGUCUUUAGCGUCCCAACAUGUACUUAUGAAAAAUCGUUUCGGAGUAUGUGUGUUAACUAACGUUUGUUAUCCUUGUUGGUGUUGGUUUUCAUUUCAGGUACUACUGCAGCUGCUAAGUUCCUGAGAGGGAAUGGAGUCACACUUUUUAAGGUGCGAGAUGAGACAAUUAACCUGCUAGGGAAAUCAGACAUGUACUUUUUCAGCCCGGAGCAUCCUCCUCUUACUGAACCGGCUGGAAAGGCCAUUGAGUGGGCCGUUGAUGAAAAGAAGAAAUCUGGUAUGGAUGGGGAACUAAUCACUGUUUAUUUUCUCCUGGGGAUUUGGUCCCAAAAAGAUUCAGCAGGAUGUCAGAUUUUGGAGAAACUUCGGUUCAACGAAGAUAAGGCCAAAGAAGUUGCAAAAUAAGUAAGUUUUGACACCCUAAUUCUUAUAGAUUUGAGCUUCAAGAAACAAAGUCAAUAG